UUCUGGUUAGGGCUUUUUAUCAACCCCUAAAAGCCCGGAGCCGCCGUCGAUUAUUUUCCUCAUCCGUGAACUGGUGGCCGCCGUCUAUCAUUUUUCACAUCACUACUUUACACACUCUGAAGAUAUAUGUGUUGGGAGUUAUGAGAUUAUACCUUGCAUGCUGCGAUAUUGCUUUGGUUCGUUAUGCUAAACUGGUGCCAAGGCAAGAUGCCUUAUAAAUAUUUCUCAAAAUUUAGAUGUUCAUUCAGUCACGGGAUUCAAAGAACUAGUAUUGCUCUUGAAGGUCUACUUGACCAUGGGAAACUUUUGUGCGUUAAGCCUAGGUUCUACUCUGGACUGUAUGUAGAAUCUGGUGACCUAAAUUUUCUACUUCAAAGCUUCACUCCAUGUGCUGCUCAAUUAAACGUACAGCCAGCAAGUAGAAAAAAGAACCUUUCGGUUAUUGGAGUUGUAUCACGGUCAUUUUCCACUCCAUCUGUGUCAGGACCAUCAUUGGAAGUUUGUGGUUAUCACGGUGGCGAACUGCUAUCUGGGGCUAACCAUUUACCUGUUGGUAUUGACAAUUAUAAGAUGCCAAUGGCUCUUUCCAGCUCUAGAGCUUUACUUGGAGGAGGUUCUCUAAAUAACUCAACUGUCACGUGCGGGCAUCUUAUUGGCCCAAUCGAUAUUUUUAAUAUUCAUUGUUCUAGCAGAAGCUUCCACAGUUACAGCAAGAUUAGCAUGAAUUCAAGAAAUAAAGAUCAAUCAGACAGAUCAUCUCUCUAUGGAUAUCUUAUUUACCAUGUUGCCAAAACUAAUGGUAGCUGUAACCUGUUUCUUAAUUUUCAGUGGAAUAGCUUCCAUGUCUCGUCUCCUGCACGUUUGACUGCUGGAACAACCUCUGAUUUGUUCUCAGACAACCAUGUGAAUGAUGACCAGCUUCCAAGUUUUGCAGAUUCUUCUGAUAGGUAAUGUAUUCUGUUUGGUAAGAAUUUACCAGAUAGAUCACUAAAGCUGCUUUCAGGAUCAUGUUAUCUGCCUCGUCCCGAGAAGGAGGAAACAGGUGGCGAAGAUGCUCAUUUCAUUUAUCCUGACGAGCAAGCAAUUGGUGUAGCCGAUGGUGUAGGUGGCUGGGCUGAUCUUGGUAUUGAUGCUGGAACAUAUGCACGGGAGCUUAUGUCCCACUCAGUAAGCGCAGUACAAGAUGAACCUAAGGGUUCCGUUGAUCCUUCCAGGGUCUUGGAGAAAGCUUACACAAAUACCAAAGCCAAAGGAUCGUCAACUGCUUGCAUUAUUGCACUCACCAAUCAGGGUCUUAAUGCCAUUAAUUUAGGUGAUAGUGGUUUCAUGGUAGUUAGAGAUGGUUGUACUGUUUUCCGAUCCCCUGCACAACAGCAUGAUUUCAAUUUCACAUAUCAAUUGGAAAAUGGAAGUAAUAGUGAUUUGCCGAGCUCUGGUCAGGUGUUUUCAAUUGUUGUUGCCCCGGGAGAUGUCAUAGUAGCAGGCACGGAUGGACUCUUUGAUAAUUUGUACAACAACGAUAUCACUGCAAUUGUGGUUCAUGCGAUACGAGCUGGUUUGGAUCCCCAGGUGACUGCUCAAAAAAUAGCAGCUUUGGCACGACAAAGGGCACAGGAAAAGGACAGGCAGACACCUUUCUCUGCUGGAGCUCAAGAAGCUGGAUUUCGCUAUUAUGGUGGGAAGCUUGAUGAUAUUACGGUUGUUGUCUCCUAUAUCACCCCUGCUAAAGAUGACGACUCUUCAUCGUCAAGCUCUUCUUAGGUGAUUUGUUAAAGAAAUCAAUCGACUCAGUCAUGUUGCCACAACGCGUUUGAUAGGAUGGGAUAGUGACAGGUGUAUAUAAUAGGAUUGGCUAGUUAUUUACCAUCUUUUGUAUGCUAUGUUGUUGAACAAGGGACCAUCAUAAUGGGAGUUAUCUUUAUGAAAUCUCAUAUAGUUUGGUA